AUGCCCUGGCGGCCGCUGCCUCGCAUCGCAUUCGCUGUCGCUAUAUACCCCUUCAAUCCCUCCUCCCCCGCAGACCUACCAUUGGAGCUCGGCGAUGAGCUGUACAUAAUUGAACAAGGCGGCACCGACGGGGAAUGGUGUCGCGGAUAUCUCGUCGCCCCGCCCUCGCUGUUGGCGGGUCUGUCCAGCAACAAAGGACAGACCCUCGAAGCUCGCGUGUUCUCGGGUAUCUUCCCGCGGAACUGCGUCGAGAUUCGGGAGGUGCUGGGUGACGGCGACGGAUAUAAAGCACUGCUGAACGGUGAUCGGACGAGCCUCGAUCGGCUCACCCUGUCGGGCGCCGACGAGGAGUUCCUUGCGCGAAACAGCUUCGCCCUGUCAGGUGAUUUUCAGGGUGAAGUGUCGGACGCCGUCUUUGCGAAAAAGGGCAAGCCUUCACAGAUUGUGAUUCACAAGACCGAUGACCAGGCUCUCUCAAGUCCGCGCUCUGUACAGACAUGGCGCACCGGCUCAAUUCCUCAUACGCCGGUGUCGAUUGCUCCCCGCGACCCUGAUGCGCCGAAGCCUGCUGCUCCCGUGCCAAUGCUCAAAAUCGGUGACGAAACACCCACUUCCCUGACUGAACCGCUGGUCGAUGAAAUCGCAUCGUGUUUGCGAGAAUGGCACUCGACGAAUUUGCAUGAAUUGCUUCUAGACCGGAAGUACGAUGUGUUGGAGAACAUGUCGACCAUGGUGCAGGAGCUGGACUUCGCGAGACGACAAUUAUUACACAACGUUCUUACCGGGAAGGAGAAGGAGGCAUUGCGGAACGAGACUGUUUGGAAGCUCGUCAAGGCAAACAAGAUGCUCAGUGGAAAUGUGAUUGUUCGAGAUCCAGAGCAGCGGGGUCGUCUACUCACAGGUGAUGACUCUGGAAUUCAAUUGGCAAAGCUUCAGUCGGAGAUGAGCAUGCUUGAGUCUAGCCCUGUCACGGCAUCUGAUGCUACGGCCCUCCACCACUUGCUCCUGGAGAUCAACGCCGUAUCAGGGAAUUCUCCGGGCCCCACCACUAUCUCGAUCCAGCUGUUUUCGCAAACUGAUGCCGGUGUGCUUGGACCUCUGUCCGAGACAUUCAGCCUGGACAUUCCAUCUCCCGACAAAUUCAUUAAUAUGAGUCAAAGCAGCAAGUUAAAAACACUGUUUACUGAACUUGCCGCAACGGACAUCGGCGAUGGAACUGCAAAUGGGCGACAGCUUUAUCUGGUCAUCUGGGUUCGUGCUCCAGAGACACGCCCUGCACCUGAUACUACGCCCGUGUCAAGACCAUCCAUCUCACGAGAGAGUCCGACUCCCGUCAAGCCUGUGACAAACGGAGGCAUUCAACCCUCUUCCAAGGGAAGCUUGAAAACGCGACGGAGCAUGAUGUGGACCCCCAAACAACGUGGACCCAGCUUGGAUCACCCAGCUAGACCGAAUGGUCAAGGUAUGCCACGAGCUUCGAGCAGCACAUCAGAGUUCAAAGAGCCAGCUGCACCUCCACCCGCCCCAACAAAGGAGUUGUCCGCGAUCCGCACCGUUGGUGUGGGGAUUUUGGAGAUAUCACAGAUCCUCCGACAGGAGCGAGACGGGGAGCAGGUGAUAAACAUCUGGUCACCCCGCCGGGAGGGAGAAGACGGUGAGGGUCUGACUGAAGGCUUUGAUAAGUUGAUUCGCACCCUUCUUCCGAGUCCGACAGGCCGCUAUGUGCGCGCUGAUCCUGCCGCGCGCCUUCACCUGACUCUCCGUCCCUUUGUCAGUAGUGACCCUGAUGCCCUCAUCCGUGAAAACCCCACUAUCUUGCAUGAUGUUAUCCAGACACAGCGCAUUGGGUUCUCAAAGGCGCCUACUCGCCCGAGGUCAGACAUAUACGUGACACUCUCACAAGCCGUGUUCCCUGCGGAUGCUCUACUGUCUCACCCACACGCCGGCCAACUUCCUCUGCAGGUCACCUCGGGUCUCAAUAAUCUCCAGCUGACUCUCGAGGUGCGCGACGCCCAAGGAGCGCGGAUAGAUCGUUGUGUUUUCCCUUCUUCGGCUAACACGUCGAACACGGCCUGGCGCACUACGAUCGCCCAGCGAGGCUCCCCUUGGAACCAGACUAUUCGCCUGAAGAUUCCCACAGAACAGAUUCCUGGUUCCCAUGUGGUUAUGAGUGUUGCGGAUGCGCCAGAUUUCCCCUUUGCGCUUGCCUGGAUGCCUUUGUGGGAACAUCAGGCAUUCAUCAAAGACGGAAGACAUUCUCUCUUGUUGCAUGCAUAUGAUAAGCAGACCUCCAGUAUUAAUGAUGGAAAGGGUGCUUACUUGAACCUUCCGUGGAGCUCACUUGGCAAGAACGAAUCUGCCAAGGAUGAAGCUUUGACUGGUCCUCUGGCUACUCUGCAGCUGGAAACUCAUCUUUGCAGCACUGAGUACUCCCAAGACCAGGUUAUUCUUAGUCUUAUGAACUGGCGUGAACGACCUGUGGAUGAGGUUCUCGAUACUCUGAAACGUUUGCUCUUUGUUCCCGAGAUCGAGAUCGUCAAACAGCUGCGCGGCGUAUUUGAUGCAUUGUUCGGAAUCCUGGUUGAAAAUGCCGGUAACGAAGAAUAUGAAAACUUGAUCUUCAACAAUCUGAUUACUGUGCUGGGUAUUGUGCAUGACCGGCGCUUCAACCUCGGCCCAUUGGUCGACAGCUACGCCGAUAACCAGUUCAACUUCCCCUUUGUGACACCGUGCCUGAUCAGAAGCUACCUACGCCUUUUGAAUGGAGCGACAGAUGGCCAGCAAUCCCGCAGCCUACGUGCCGCUUUCAAGGUGGGACGCCAUCUGCUGAAGUUUAUCAUCAAAGCCCGUGAACAGCAAAAGGCCAAGGAAGAAGGCAUCGGCAUCACCAAUGUGCAAUCUACCUUUAACAGGGACAUGCACACCAUCUUCAAGUCUCUGGAGACUUUGAUGAAGAACAAUUCACCAGCUCUGGUGGGCAGCAAGACACUGGUCGUUCAGCACAUUCACACAUGGCUGCCCGAACUAUCCAAGCUCAUGAGCCGAGACGAAAUGAUUAUGAUUGCACUGAGCUUCAUGGAUUCAUGCAAAGACGUAACAGGCAUGCUGAUUCUUUAUAAACUGGUUCUGAUUCAAAAUUAUACCCAAUUUGAGCUUUUCGCCUCAGGCGAAGAACGAAAAACACUCAUCAACAGCUGUAUCAGCUGGCUGGCUCCAUACUGGGGCUCGACUCACACGGUCUCGGAUCUAUACCGUGACCAAGUGCGCUUGUGCAACUCCAUUGUGGCUCAGCUGCUCAGCCAGCCUGAUCCGCUACUCUAUGGAUUCAUGCCCAGCAUCGUCGCUUCGUACUGUGCUGUUUCUGCCGAGGGAGUCGACGAGACCGAAUACCUGUCUUUGCUUUUCAGCAAGGCAUUCCCAUUCCAGAUGAAGACUGCAAAGACCGCUCAGCGAUUUGAUGAGUCCUUGGUGGAGCUUUCUGCUCUUAUGGCUGCUAUUUCUAAGAUUGUCUCUCCUAAGCUCCCCUCAUUGAAGGAGCUUGAGCUUGCAACCUUCAUCGGGCAAACUUUCGAGGCUCAUAACUCCAUUCUGGACUGUGAGGCUUACCCCGAGUCUUGGUUCAGUAUGCAUGUUUAUAACCACCGCGCGACCAUCAAGAGUCUCGAACACAUUGCUGUUUUGUUGAUUGAUAAAUUGCUCCCGGCACCAGACGAUGCAGAUACUUUCGACACCAAGCUUUGGGAGUCGUUCUUCACCACCUUACUCAAGGUGAUCUCCAGCGAUGUGCUUGCAUUGGAGACUUUCCCCGAGCAGAAGCGCCGAGCGGUCUGGAAAAUCGCGGGCGAUGUCCGUGAGCAAGGCGCUGAUUUGUUGCAGUCUACUUGGGAGGCUAUUGGCUGGGAGACUACUGAUGAGGAGAGAGAGCGAUUCGAUCUGAAGAGACUGGGUGGAUACCAGGUCCAGUAUGUUCCUGGUCUGGUUCCUCCUAUCCUUGGCCUGUGUCUCAGUGUCCAUGAGGGCUUGCGGCACGUUGCUGUUCGGAUUCUGCAGACGAUGAUUCUGAGUGAAUGGGAUCUGAACCAGGAUAUUUCCAUCAUCGAGACGGAGAUUAUCUCCAGUCUAGACACUCUCUUCAAGUCAAAGCAGAUGAACGAGAGCGUCAGCCAGAAGAUAUUUAUUGCCGAGCUGCUUGAUCUCUUCGAGGGCGAAACUAUAGCCGAUGAUCUUUUGUGCAAUGCUGUGAAGAGUCUCGUUGGCACCGUCGACGAACUCCUGGACUUGCUGGUCGCCUCGCAGAACGGAGUCUCGAUUCAGAGUUUGAAUGCCCUAAAAUUGAUGGAGUAUAUGAAAGACAUGGGCCGGGAGGAUAUCUUCAUUCGCUAUGUCCACGAACUUGCCGAAGCCCAGGCUGCGGCAGGCAACUUCACCGAAGCUGGUCUUGCUCUCCAAUUCCAUGCCGACCUCUAUGAAUGGGAUCUCAACAAGAUCCAGCCAGAGCUGCUCACGCCCACGUUCCCUACUCAGAGCGCGUUUGAGCGCAGAGAGGCAUUAUACUUCCUUGUCAUUCAACACUUUGAGAACGCCAUGGCCUGGGCCCCGGCAUUGGUCUGCUACAAGGAACUCGCGGCACACUAUGAGCACACGACCAUGGACUUUGCAAAGCUCUCCCGAGCCCAGAGCUCAAUGGCCCGCAUCUACGAUUCCAUUGCCAAGGGCGGCAAACAAUUCCCGCGAUACUUCCGCGUCAUCUACAAGGGUCUCGGCUUCCCUGUCAGUCUGCGUGAUAAGGAAUUCAUCUUUGAGGCCUCGCCCACCGAGCGCAUGGCUGCAUUCGUUGAUCGCAUGCAGCGCGAACAUCCCAUGGCGCAAGUUAUAUCCUCGAGUGACACCUCCGAUUACGAAGGCCAGUACCUGCACAUCAGUGCCGUCAGUGCUUACCGUGAUGUGACACACCCUGUCUACCAGCGGUCCAAGGUGCCAUAUUCUGCCCGUGAGCAUCUGUUGAUGUCGGAUCCCUCUCGGUUCUCUUCUACUUCGCGACGACACACAGGCAGCUCGGAUGUUCGUGAGCAGUUCGUUGAGAAGUUUGUCUUCACGGUCUCGGAGGCGUUCCCCAACAUCCUCCGUCGCAGCGAGAUCGUCGCUGUUCAAGAGCUUGCUUUGUCACCUCUGCAGACAGCUAUUGAGCGGACUUGGCGCAAGACUCAGGAGCUUCAACUUCUCGAGCGUCGUGCUGCUUCGGGCGAGGACUCCAGUUUGUCGAACUUGACGGAGGCGCUUGAGCAGCUACUUGAGCACAGAUCUCCGUCUUCUAAUUGUGUGGCUUUGUACCGUGUGUUCCUUUCCGAUGCGGAAGAGGCACGGAACAAGCGACUGGAAGAAGUGGACGAAGAGGGUGAGGAACUUGAAGAAACAGAGGCCGAGCCCGUGGACCCAAUGGAGACCGCGCUCUCUGUUGCACUCGUUGACCACGCCUUGGCCAUUAAGCACGCUUUAUCUCUCUACCAGCGUCCCGCCCACCAAGCCACCCAAGCCGAACUUCUACGCCGGUUCGAGGACGUUUUCGAACCAGAGUUGGGCUCCAUCGCCCCCACCCCCGCCGAGUACUCAUCACCAACACCAACGCAAACCGCCCGACAAUCACCCAUCGGCGACAACCGCCGACUCCCCAUUCAACGCACCGUCAGCCCUGAACAAGAAGCGACUCGCCGCAACGCCCACACUCGCAAGCGUUCCGAGCGACAGUCCGUUAGCCACCGCAUCAGCAUCAUCAACCCCUUCAAACGCCACGGCGGCUCCAAUUCCAUCUUCACCAUCCAGCCCGACAAGACCCAAACCCCCGGCGAAGAAAUCGACGACGAGACGGCCACCAUCCACAGCCGUACCACCAGCCACUCCCGCGGCGGACGCAGCGAAAAGCGCCGCAGCUUCUUCGGCGACAAGAGCUACAAGCACGGCUCCUCGCCCUCCGUCGCCCAGGAAUCCCAAACCUCUCUCAAUCUGAAGAUCCGCAAUCCCUCCCGAGACCCGUCGCACGACAGCCGCAGUCGCGCAGGCUCGCAGCAUCGUCACCCUAGCACGGGUGAUCGCGUGCCUCCGAGUGCUAGCGGGGGCUGGUCGACGCUCCCGCCGACGCGUGAUUACUCCCGACCCGCUACGCGCGACAGCAAUCCGGUUACGAUGACGACGACCAAUGGUACGGCGCCAUUGUCACCGGUCUCCCCGGUCAGUAAUCAUAGUAAUUCCAACGGCGGUAUGCGGGAUUCAGUGUUCCGUCGUUUCAGUUUGCUCAAGGGCAAGGGGGUUGGGAGGAAGAAUAGCCGGAUGGAUAUCAAAUCCCUGCCGGAGGACUUCGGGUCCCGCACUUCGACAAUGCCUCGCAAUGGCUCUGUAGACAACGAGCGCACUGGCCUGCUUCGUGGCUCAUUCUCCGGUCUUGCGCCUCAUGAGCAUCUGGACCAUGGUGCUCAUCAUCAUCAUGCGAAGGAUAACCGGAUUUGGGUCCAGUGGCCUGCACAUGUCGUGCAUUUGACCUGGAAGACCCUGGUUCGGGACUAUGUUAACUUGCUUCUGGUGUGUGUGCCACUGGGUAUCGUGGCAGGUGCCCUCGGUUGGGAUUCCACGGCUGUGUUUACCUUGAACUUCUUUGCUAUUAUUCCGCUUGCUUCCUUGCUGAGCUUUGCUACGGAGGAGUUGGCGGCUACGAUGGGUCAGGCCCUGGGAGGCUUGAUGAAUGCCACUUUUGGAAAUGCUGUUGAAUUGAUUGUGAGUUUGCUCUUUGUGUCAUUCGAUGUCGAGUUCGAGUUCGAAUUUGAUGUCGAUGUCGAUGGCUACGGCUAUGCAGUCAGCAUUAUUGCCUUGAAGGAUAACCAGGUACGCGUGGUGCAAGCUAGUAUGCUGGGCAGUAUCCUGUCCAACAUUCUGCUUGUGCUGGGCUGCUGCUUCUUCGUCGGAGGACUACGGUUCCGCGAACAGUCGUUCAACAGCACCGUCGCUUCAACCAUGUCCUCGCUCAUGGCUGUUGCGUCUGCCUCCCUGAUCAUCCCUGCGACCCUCUACGCCGCCAUUUCCCAACACAGCACUGCCAAGCCCGGUGAGGAAAAAACCGACCCGGACCACGAUGCCCAGCACAACAUCCUCAUUCUGUCUCACGGUACCUCCAUCAUCCUCCUCUUGAUCUACGUCAUGUACCUCUACUUCCAGCUCCGAUCUCACUCCGACCUCUUCGAAGAGACGAAUGGCAGCGAUGCCGAGACAGGUGCUGCGGAGGAGGAAGAGGAAGAAGAGGAAGAGCGCAUCCUCAGCCCCUGGGCUGCGACAGUUGCACUGAUUGUCGUGACCGUCCUUGUCUCCAUCUGCGCCGACUACCUGGUCGGCAGCAUUGACAGCAUCGUAGAGAAGACCGGCAUGAGCAAGACCUUCAUCGGUCUGGUGCUGAUUCCCAUCGUGGGUAACGCGGCAGAGCAUGUGACUGCCGUGGUGGUCGCGUACAAGGACAAGAUGGAUCUGGCAAUUGGUGUUGCUAUUGGUAGCAGCUUGCAGAUUGCCCUGUUCGUGACUCCCUUCUUGGUCAUCUUGGGCUGGAUCAUCAAUAUCCCGAUGACGCUGCACUUCCAGACCUUUGAGACGGUUGCAUUCUUCAUCUCUGGCUUGGUGGUUACCCUGCUCAUCCAGGAUGGAAAGUCCAACUACUUGGAGGGAGGCAUGUGUCUCGGCUUGUACAUUAUUCUUGCCUUGGCCUUCUACGUCUAUCCUGACAACGUGGUCAGCUAG